AUGGUCCCCGUCCCCCAGGAAGAGCUCCCCGUCCUCGAGGCCCUCAUCAACAUCCGAAACAGGCUCACCGCCCUCAAGAAGGCAACUCACCCCCUCCAGGACACAACCCGCUUCAUCCGCGCCCCCGAUGUCAUGCCCAUAUACAACUCCACCGUCAAGCAGAUCACCCGCCUAGUCAAUGUCAGAGACGAGCAAUCCCAGUCGCAUCCGAAUCUCAAUUCGGGAUCGUCCAAUUCGGCGAAACCACCACUACCUGAGCCCAACAGGGUGGAUCAGCUCUUGGCAGAUGUCUUCCAGCUGUUGAGUCUGUUUUUUUUGACGAUAGGAAAGAGCCGGGAGACACCCGCUACGUACUGUCAGAUCGCUUCUAUGCGCCAAAUCCUUUCACAUAUGAACGAAAGUGGAGCGUACACUGAGCAAUUCCUCAUACCUUUCAGAGAGAGACUGGAUCAGUUGAAGCAGGUCAUCAAGCAGGAUUCGACGGAAGGCAAACACCCAGAGGCGGUGGUUCGGCUGAUGCUUUCAAAGCUUGAAGGUGUCGAGCGCCAACUCGAUGAACUCUUCCAGUCCCUCACCGUCCUCUCCAUCGAACUCGUCCCCAUCCACCAACGCCUCGUCGCUCUCCGAAAACAGCUCUCCGCCCUUGCCGCCGAGCCAAAGCCCAGCAAGGCAGAGUACAAGGCCGUUCUUGAAGAGCUGAGGAAGAUUGAUGGGAAGCGGGUGGAUGGAAAAUUCUUGGGUCCGGGAGGGUCGAGUGUGCCGGAAGGCCAGGCGCUGCUGAGUGGAUUGUUGGAGACGUGCUUUGAGAUUACGCAGGAUAUCAAGGCCAGGGAUGCGGAGGAGGAUGUCAGUCCGGUGUUGAAGCCGAUCUACGACAGGUUACUGGAGAUGAAGAAUGCGUUGGAUCAGAUGACUUUGACACACCGGUGGACACUUCGUGAAACCGACCUGUACAAUUACGCCAUGUCGUUGCGCGAGAUUGACUCUAUGCGGGUCGAUGGAAAGUUUGUGGAUGCCGAUGGCAACAAAGCUGGAGGACAAUACGCCUUGAUGUUCCUGUUGCGACGUUGUUAUGGUUUGAUCUACCGACUGAUGUCUGAGUCUGAGCCCAUAUCCGAGGAACUUUUACCGAUUGCCAACAAACUUUCGACAAUCAAAAAAUGCUUGAAUGAAGUUUUAAAGUACGGUGGCCCUUACACUCCCCGCGACCUCUAUCCUUAUCACCUUGCCUUGCACCAAAUCGAUACUCUCCGCAAAGACGGCAAGUUUUACGCCGACGAUGGAAGUAUACCCGAGGGGCAGGCCAUCUUGGUCGCGCAGCUGAGCGAGGCGCAUGAGUUGUUGGAGAUGUUGAAGGAGAGCAUGAGCGAUGAGGAAGACGACGAUGACGAGUAG